GCCAAACCCAGCCGCUGCUCCCGCUCCAGCAUUCGAAAAAUCGAAAGAGAUACGAUUCUCGUAAAAUCUACGCUAACCCGACACGACCAUGAAACCUAAGCUAAUCUCUUAAACCUCGCCUCCCAUUUAAACCCCUCCAAAAUCUCAAAAGACCAAAACCCAAUUCAACUCUCUUGUCUCUCUCUUUCGGUUUUGCUGUUUGGUCUUUUUCUUGAGCAGUAGCAACAGAAGCUUCAGCAAUGUCGGGCUUUAUGGCGGCGCCCACCAAUCAGAACGCGAAUCCCAACAAGUCCUUUGAGGUUUCUGAACCUCCAAACGACGCCAUUUCGAGCCUCAGCUUUAGCUCCAAAGCCAACCACCUCGUCGCCACCUCCUGGGACAACCAGGUUCGAUGCUGGGAGAUACAACAGAGUGGACAGAAUCUCGCUAGUGUGCCCAAGGGAAUGAUUGCGCACGACCAACCGGUUUUGUGCUCAGCUUGGAAGGAUGAUGGGGCAACUGUCUUCUCUGGAGGCUGUGACAAGCAAGCUAAGAUGUGGUCAUUGGCUACAAACCAAACCAUGACUGUUGCUGCGCAUGAGGCCCCCAUUAAAGAUAUGGCUUGGAUCUCCGAAAAGAAUGUCUUAGUCACCGGAAGCAUGGACAAGACUCUAAAGUAUUGGGAUACAAGGCAACAAAACCCAGUGCACACUCAACCACUCCCUGAACGCUGCUAUGCACUAUCCGUGAACAAGUCUCUCAUGGUUGUAGGGACGGCAGAUAGAAAUAUUAUUAUUUAUAACUUGCAGAGCCCUGAGAAAGAGUUCAAGAGAAUUACAUCUCCCCUAAAGUUUCAGACAAGGUGUGUUGCUGCAUUUCCUGAUCAGCAAGGAUUCCUGGUUGGAUCUAUUGAGGGGAGGGUUGGUGUGCAUCACCUGGAGGAGACACAAUCAUCCAAAAACUUCACCUUCAAAUGCCACAGGGAGGGGAAUGAUAUAUACUCUGUCAACUCACUGAAUUUCCAUCCGGUGCACCACACAUUUGCUACCGCUGGGUCUGAUGGUUCUUUCAAUUUUUGGGACAAGGACAGCAAACAAAGACUUAAGGCAAUGGCAAGGUGCAGUCAGCCUAUACCUUGCAGUACAUUCAAUCAAGACGGUUCCAUAUAUGCAUAUGCGGUUUGCUACGAUUGGAGCAAGGGUGCAGAAAAUCAUAAUCCUGCUACAGCAAAGAACCACAUUUAUCUCCAUUUGCCCCAGGACUCUGAGGUAAAAGCCAAAGCGCGAGUUUCAGCCGGAAGAAAGUGAAGGCCAGUCAUGCCUUUUUAGCUAAGAGCUCUAUUCGUAUAUAUUAACUAAAUUCAGUGCGUGAUCAAGGGUGAUGGAGAUGGUCCCUCUGAGCAGACAUUUUGGUAGCAGGAUCUCGUGUUAAGAAGUCAAACCGUCUUGCUUGUGAACUCAAGAUAUUAUGUGGUUGAGGACAUGUGCUUAUUAUCAUUGUUAAGUUCUACAGUACUGAUUUACCUCUGUCAGUGUUCUGAGUAUUUAAUGUAGUGUGUUUCAAUAAUUUAUGAGACGCACCUUAAGGUGCUUUUAUGGGAUCAAUUUUUGAAG